GAAUAUAUCUAUAUAUAGCUGGGAUUGCGAGCAAAUUAUUUACAGAACAAUACCUCUUCUCCCAAAACUUCUAUACUUACAGAAGUAGUAUGUUCUUUCCUCAGCACGCAUCCUCUGCAACUUUCAUGGCCACUAUCCUCGCCUUUUUUCUUUUCCUCUUCUUUCUAUUAUGGAUACUAAGAAAAACCCGUAAAACAGCACUUCCACCAGAAGCUGGUGGCGCUUGGCCGUUGAUUGGCCACCUCCACCUAUUACGAGGACCAAAACCAGCCCAUAUUACAUUGGGUAAGAUGGCCGAUAAGUAUGGAUCACUCUUCACUAUCCGGCUGGGUGUACAUCCUGCUCUGAUAGUGAGCAAUUGGGAGGUAGCUAAAGAGUGCUUCACCACUCAUGACAAAGUCUUUGCCAACCGUCCAAAGGCUAUAGCUUCAGAACUCAUGGGCUACAACUAUGCCUUGUUUGUGCUUAGCCCUUACGGUCCUUACUGGCGUCAAGUGCGUAAAAUAGCCACGGUGGAGGUCCUCUCAAAUCACCGCCUUGCGAUGCUCAAACACAUCCGAGAGCAUGAGGUAAAUAGAUCCAUAAAAGAGAUGUAUGAACUCUGGGUGAAGAACAACAAUAUGUUGGUAGAUAUGCAGAGAUGGUUUGGGUCCUUAGCCCUAAAUAUUGUAUUUAAGAUGGUUGUGGGGAAGCGAUUUUAUGGGGCUGAAGACGAGGAAGAGAAUGUUGGUGACGAUCAGUGCCGGCAGACAUUAAAAGAUGUCUUUGAGUUGAGUGGUACAGUUGUGGUAGCAGAUGUGCUUCCUUACUUAAGGUGGUUGGACUUUGGAGGGUACGAGAAGACGAUGAAGAAAACUGCAAAAGAAUUUGAUCAUGUGCUUGAAGGUUGGUUGGAAGAGCAUAAGCAAAGGAAAGUUUCCGGUGAGGGAAAGGGAGACAAAGACUUUAUGGAUGUGAUGUUGUCCGUUGUUGCCAACGAAGAAAAGAUCUCCAAUUAUGACGCUGAUACAAUUACUAAAGCUACAUGCCUGUCCCUUGUCGUAGCGGGUGCAGAUACAACAGCAACAACGUUGACAUGGGCUAUCUCUCUACUUCUUAACAACCGAAAAGCCUUAAAGAAAGCACAACAAGAGUUAGAUGUGCAAGUUGGCAAGGAUAGGCAAGUAAAGGAAUCAGACAUUAAAAACCUAGUCUAUCUCCAAGCUAUCAUCAAAGAAACAAUGCGUUUACACCCUGCUGCAUCGCUCUCUCCCCCGCACGAGUCCAUGGAAGAUUGCACUUUGGCUGGCUACCAUGUUCCAGCAGGAACACGGCUCCUUGUUAAUAUUUCAAAGAUCCAUCGAGACCCAAAUGUGUGGUCUAAUCCAAAUGAAUUUCAGCCAGAAAGAUUCCUUACAGCCGAUAAGGAUGUUGAUGUCAGGGGCAACCAUUUCAAAUUUAUACCAUUUGGCUCUGGUAGAAGGGUGUGCCCGGGAAUCUCAUUUGCAUUGCAAGUUAUGCAUCUCACACUUGCCACCUUGUUGCACGCUUUUGAAAUUGCAACCCCGUUAGACGAGCCUGUGGAUAUGACUGAGAAAAUUGGAAUUAACAAUCAGAAAACUACACCGGUUGAAGUCCAACUCACUCCACGCCUUCCUACGCAAGUAUAUUGAUGGUUUGAUUAGAUAUGUGGUAACUAAAAUGCGAACUACACUUUUUCAUACUAUGGGUAAUGUUAUUGAGUACAUUAUUGUACAACUGUCAUACAACUGAGAUAAUAUUGCAGUAAAAAUCAGCCUUUGAUUUUUUUUUUUUUUACAAGUACUAAUCUUAUGGCUGAUUUUACUUCUAUAUUAUUAAGUUAUAUGACAGUCAUAUAACAAUCUACUAAAUAACAUUAUUCUUUCAUAAUUAGCGUGUGCAAGGAUUUUUCCCUUAUGUUUUUCUUUUUACAUUUUGAGGCAUGCAAUAAGAGAACUCCUGGAAUACGAGGAUAUCUCCUCUGCAGUUUAGUAGUAGUAGCUUUUAUCAAUAUUUAUAAUACCAAACCCAUUGUAAUUCAUCUACUCUAUUCUUAUCACGGUGGGUUGAUGAAUAAUAUUAUCAAUUAUCAAUAUUUCAACUAUUCCGCCGUUUGGAAGGUCCAGAGUGCCUCGAGCAACGUACCACAUCUUUUUCAAAAUAUAUUAUUUUUUUUCUAGCCUUUGUAUUUUCGAUUUUGUACUUUUCUGUUUUUGAAUAUGUGAAUUUGUUUGCAUUU